GUAAAUAAUAAUUUAAUUUUUUGUUUAUGUGCGCGAUGCCUUGCAACAUGGAUUUGCCCAGCACUCCCGAGGAGCUGGAUUUGUUGGAUAGUGCCAGCUGGAAAAAUGUACUCAAUGAUGUGACAAAAUGGCACUCGAUACCUCUGCUAAAUCACACGCCUCUGCAUCAAUUAAAAGAUCAGAGCCUGGUGCGUUUUCGCGGCAUGGUGCAAGACAUGAUGGAUCCCGAAAUCUAUUUGGAGCGCUAUGAAGUAAAGUCUUCCGAUGGUGGCAGACGUCAACAGCCGGGCAAAUAUCGCGAUUGCCUGCGCCUGGGCAAAGAUGAGCAGCUUGAUUAUCAGGCUGAGAGCAAUGUGCAUGGCGAACGGCGCACAUUGUUUGUGGUCUCGGUGCCUGGCCUCAAUGGCUGGGCCAAGGAGCACGAAAAGCUAUGCAAUCCACUCCCAACACAUCAAACAGCAACAAUAACAAUUGGCAAUGGCAUUAAACGUUCUCUGGACGAACGGGUUGAAAUGGAAGUGGAUAAAGCAGAUGAUGAAACCUGCUGCAGCAGUAGCCAUUCGGUUAAAAGACACUGCUGCGUGCCUCCCGCUGUAAAUAAAGCUGAAGAAAGCAACGCCAGCAGCUGCCCAGCAGUGCUGGGCUCAGAUUACCUGCUCAACUCUCCGCUGCCAAGUCGUCCGAGCAUGGCUUGCAUGGUCAAAGUCUAUGAGGAUUUCGACAAGUACACCCUAAACUCUCUAAUGGAUUUUGUUGGUUUUCUGUCUGUGGAUCCGGCGCUGGAUGCGGCUACUCUGGAUGAUGAUGCCUUGAAAGAUGUCGACAGCCUCAGUGAGCUACAGGCUCAGAAUCCUUCACCCUUUCUAAUACCACGUUUGCAUGCCUUUGGUGUCAAGCCGUUGCCCCAUGCAAAUCCACUGCUUGAUCAGAGCUUGAAGCAACCAGCAGAACUGGAGCCAGUAACAUCGCAAUCUCUGGAGACGGUGCACAAGGAUUUGCGCAUGUUGCUCAAGCUCUGUUUGUUUGAGGAUGAUCUGUGUGCGGAGUAUCUGCUGUGUCAUCUGAUCUCCACAGUUUACAGCCGAUCGGAGAUGCAGAGCAUCGGCAAAUUCACAUUGAACAUCUGCAAUUUGCCCAAAGAUUGCCUGCAGCAGUACACAGUAAAGCUGUACGAGAUACUCGAGCUGCUGCUGCCCGCCAGCCACUAUUUACCCAUGACACUGGACAACAUGAAUACCGCCUGCUUUGCGCCAAAAAAGGAUUACGAGACAAAUAAGCUGGUGUCUGGAAUGCUGCAGUUGGCGCCGCACACACACUUGCUGUUGGACGAGACGCGCAUGCAGCAGGGCAAACUGGAGGCGAAUGGUGUGCAUGCCAUACAGCAUCUGGCCAAUGUGAUCAACAAUCAACAGCUAAAGUGCGACUUUCAGUAUUAUCACAUUGAUUAUAAUGUUGAUAUACCUAUGUUGGUGGUCAGCGAGGGUCGCAGCAUGCUGCCGAGCGACUUUGUGCUGCCGAUCAGGGCCGAUGUCAAAGCUGUUGAACUCUAUGAGGAAUCGCUGAAAGCCGCCCUUCACUAUUUGCAGCCGGCGCGAUUGCAGCAAUUCCGCAGCUAUUUGACCCUGGCGCGAUCCAGUCAGUUUAGUGUUAGUGAGGAUCUCACCGAAAUGAUACAGCUGGACUUUGUAGAUAUGCGUAAGGCGAAUGUGAAGAGUUCUGCCGAUGAUUUGCACGGUCUUUUGGUCCUAUCGCGUCUGCUGGGAAUUGCGCGCGGAAAAUUGGCGCUGGAUAAGGAAACGUGGCAUUUGGCCACCGAAUUUGAAUCGACACGUCGCCAGCGUCUCCAAGCUUUGCCCAAGUCAAGCGUUCCAAUGCGCAAUUAGCUAAUAGAUACAAAUAUACAUAUAUAUAAAUAUUAUUUUAUCCAAGUUCCAA